AUGAAUGUCGACAACACUCAAAAUGUGGAAAUCAAACAAGAGGGAUCCGCUAAUUGGGAUCCUCAGAGCGUAGAUAAAUUUUGUGAUGCAUGUAUCAAGGAGGUUGAGACUGGACACCUCCCUGGUACUCAUUUUUCUAAAAUUGGAUGGGAUAACCUCGUAAUUUUUUUUAACAAAGAUGCUGGAAAAUACUACAACAAGAACCAACGUAAGAAUAAAUGGGAUAGCCUUAAAGCUGAUUGGAAUUUAUGGAGAGCAUUAGUUGAAAAGGAAACUGGUCUUGGAUGGGAUCCCAAACUAAAGACUAUUGCUGCAGAUAAGAUAUGGUGGGAGAAGAAGAUAAAGACCUAUCCAAAUGCCAAAAAGUUUAUGAAGAAGGGAAUUGACCCACCUAUGUUAGAAAAGCUAGAUAGGAUGUUUCUAAAUAUUACGGCUACUGGUGGAAAUGAAUAUGGAGAUAGUAGCAAUGAAUCAGAGGAGGAUACUCAAUCUAAUGCCGGACAUCGUUCUGAAAAUAAUGAGAACAAAGCCAAAAGGAGGAAAACUGACAAAAGUAAAGUAGUGGCUGAAGAGAAAGUUGGAGGAACGGUGAAACUCUCUAACCAAUUUGAACGUUUUCUUGACACGGUCAAUACUAGAAAUGUCGCGAUGAAAGAAUCUCAAGGAAGUACUGUUGCUAAAGCGAUGGAGUUGCUUGAAUCCCUACCAAGUGUGCAGCCUGGAGCACCAUUGUGGCUACUCGCAACUGAUUUAUUUAAGAUUCGAGAUAACAGAGAUAUCUUUUGUUCUAUUAAAGAGGCAGUUCACAGAAUUGAUUGGCUUCAAUAUGAAGCAUCUAAAAUCUCAAACUUUCGAAUGUAG